CUCAGCAGGCUCCACUUGAAAGUGUUGCAGCUCCGACAGCAGCUGCUGCAGUUCAGACUGGGGAAGAAGAAGUAGAGCAGGAGGAAGAAGAUGGACAAUCUGAAGCAGUUCCUGGUUGCCCUGUGUGCUGCCACCACCGUCGGCUUCGUCUCCAUAAUAUUCGUGCUCAGAUGGGUCCUGUACUUUAAGGAGGGUUUGGCCUGGGACGGAGGACUGGCUGAGUUCAACUGGCACCCGGUGCUGAUAGUCAUCGGCUUCAUUUUCUUGCAGGGAAUCGCCAUUAUAGUCUACAGACUCCCCUGGACCUGGCAGUGCAGCAAACUGAUGAUGAAGUUCAUCCACGCGGGCUUGAACUUAACAGCAUUUGUUUUUGCUGUUAUAUCCAUGGUGGCCGUUUUUGAUUUCCACAACGCUGCCAACAUUCCCAACAUGUACAGUCUGCACAGCUGGCUGGGCCUGACUGCAGUUAUUCUCUACUGUUUACAGCUUGUUCUUGGAGUUGGCUUGUACCUGAUACCUAUCACACCUGUGUCCUGGAGAGCAGCAUUCAUGCCCAUCCAUGUGUACAGUGGUCUCCUGCUGUUUACUGGUGUCAUAGCUGUGGCACUCAUGGGCAUCACAGAGAAACUCAUUUUUGGCCUGAAAGACCCAAAGUAUAAGGACUCCCCCCCAGAGGCUAUUUUUGUGAAUGUUCUGGGACUCCUCUUGGUGAUUUUUGGAGGUUUAAUUCUUUGGAUCGCCACUCGAACGUCUUGGAAACGCCCCAGCGACCAAAUCUUACAUACUCGGCAUACCAAUGGGGGAGGUGAGGACAACAGCAAAGUUGGUCCAGCUCUGUCUCAGCUGUCUGAUGAAGCUGAGGCUGGAGGGGACGUCAGGAGGAGGAGUAAUAAACUGGAUGAUCAGGGUAACUAAUGAAAGAAUAUUUGAGCUGAUAAAGUCUUUAGCAUUGAAUGUAUGUACAACCAGUGGACACUGGUCUGUGAAAGUGAGAAGGAAUACACCAAACUGUACUGCUCCUGCAUUUAUAACUUUCUCUUUUGCACCUUUUUGAGCUUGUUUUCUCUUUAACAUGUAAUAUAAUAAGUGCAUGUAAAUAAGGGUGUGUUAAUUUAGAAGAAAUAUUCUGAUGAUGAUGAUGAGGGAAUGGGCUUCAUUGAUAUACACUGUAGUGCACAAUAAUCAUGACAGAUUUUCUAUACCUUCAAUUCUUUGUAUUGUUACUUUUUUACCUACAGUAUAUUUUGUAAUAAAUAUGUACUUUUUCUGACUAUCA